UCUAAAUACGGUUGUGUGAAGAUGUGAAGUGCCAAAUAAACUUCUCGGCGAAUAGCAGGACUUCUGGGAGGAGCCUGGCAGCCAGGAGGGUGAGUUACCCUCCCAGCAUCUCUCCUGAGCCAGCGAUGGAGUUGCGCUCUUGCCAUGGUGGGGAUUGAAAGAGGAUCAACAUGAUAAAAGGUUCAAAGUAGUGAAAAUUAAAAGAAAUUCCGCCAGAAAUGGAUUUGUGGAUUUUGCAUAAACCCUAAAAUUCCUUGCUUGAGCCACAGGACGCGUGGGAUUGUUUUUCUGAGUCUGUCUUAAAGGUUGCCCCUCUGCUCAGCCAACAUGCCAGUUCUGGACCAGGAGCCCUCCAAAGAUUUAGGGGGGGGAGAUGGUCUUCCUAAACUGCCGCUCCCUGUCCUGAAAGACACACUGGACAUGUACCUGAGGUGUAUGAAGCAUCUGCUCACAGAGGAACAGUUCAACAAGACCCAAAAUGUAGUGAAGCAGUUUGGAGCCCCUGGAGGAGUGGGGGAGCUACUACAGAGCAAACUCGUGGAGAGGAGGGAGAACAAGGCAAACUGGGUGUAUGACUACUGGCUGAAUGACAUGUACCUGAACAACAGACUGGCUCUGCCCGUCAACUCCAGUCCUGCGAUGGUCUUCCCACAGCAGCACUUCAGGGCUCCCAUUGACUCUUUAAGGUUUGCUGCACACUUAAUUUCUGGAGUUUUGGAGUACAAGACUCUUCUUGAUUCACGGGCCCUGCCUGUGGACUAUGCUCGUGGCCAGCUGGCUGGAACCCCUCUGUGUAUGGAGCAGUACUAUCGCCUCUUCACUUCCUACCGCCUGCCGGGGCCUGAGAGGGACACACUGGUGGCCCAGGAGAGUAGCGUUAUGCCAGAACCCGAACACAUCAUUGUGGCUUGUAAAAACCAGUUCUUUGUGCUGGAUGUGGUGAUCAACUUCCGCCGACUGAAUGAAAGAGACCUGCUGGCUCAGCUGGAGAAGAUCGCCAGGAUGGCUGACAGCGAAGAAGAGCGUGUCCCACCUAUUGGUCUCCUCACUUCAGAUGGACGGACAGAGUGGGCCGAGUCUCGCAGUGUGCUCAUGAAAGAGUCUACUAACAGGGACUCCCUGGACAUGAUCGAGCGUUGUCUGUGUCUGGUCUGUCUGGAUGAUGCCAGUGGGCCCGAGCUAAGUGACUCUGCACGUGCGAUGUUGAUGCUGCACGGCGGAGGAGUGGCCAAGAAUGGGGGCAACCGCUGGUACGACAAGCCCAUGCAGUUUGUUGUAGGAGCUGGCGGCUGCUGUGGAGUCGUGUGUGAACACUCACCAUUUGAGGGAAUUGUCCUUGUGCAGUGCACAGAGUUUCUUCUCAAAUAUAUGAUCGGCAGCCCAUCAAAGCUGGUUAGGGCUGCAAGCGUGAGCGAGCUGCCUGCACCACGCAAGCUCCGCUGGAAAUGUACUCCAGAGAUUCAUAAACUCCUCGCCUCUUCUGCUGACAAACUACAGAGGCAGGUGGAAAAUCUGGACAUGAAUGUCCACAAAUUCUACAAUUAUGGGAAAGAGUUCAUCAAAAAGCAGAAAAUGAGUCCCGAUGCCUACAUCCAGGUUGCUCUUCAGUUAGCCUACUACCGAUGUCACAGCAGACUGGUGUCGACCUAUGAGAGUGCUUCUAUACGGCGCUUUCAGAAAGGCAGAGUGGACAACAUCCGCUCAGCCACACCAGAAGCCCUGGCCUUCGUCAAAGCAAUGACGGAUGGGGAACUGAGCACAAGUGAGACAGUAAAGAUGGAGAUGUUACGAAGUGCCAUAAACGUGCAGACAAAGUAUACUAUUCUGGCUAUUACAGGGAUGGCAAUAGACAAUCACUUACUAGGACUACGUGAAAUUGCACAUGAACUGAAGAUGGAGAAGCCAGAAAUAUUCAAAGACGAAGCCCAUCUCAUCAGUAAUCAUUUCAUUCUCUCUACAAGUCAGGUUCCUACUACUGUUGAGAUGUUCUGCUGCUAUGGACCUGUGGUUCCAAACGGAUAUGGAGCAUGCUACAACCCUCAGUCAGACCACAUUAUCUUCUGUGUGUCCAGUUUCCACGAGAGCCCAGAGACAUGUUCAACAGAAUUUGUCAAGUGUCUGGUACAGGCUCUACUGGACAUGAGGGAUCUGUGCAGUAAAUGUAACUCCGGCUCCAAUCCAACCCAGCAAAGACAGGGUCAGACGCUAGAGACGCACACGCAAACAGACACAAGCUGGCAAAGGAAAACACCGCAGAGACCAACUGAACUGACCAAGAAUCAGCAAAUGCUGCCACAAAUUCUGCUAAAGACCCCUGACCAGACUAAAGUGGAGGCUCAAACCCAGACUUCAUCACAAGGAGAUGCACAAGGUUUGAAGAAUGGAAGUAAAUCAUAGAAAACUGUUAGUGCCAGGGGAAAAUGGUGUGAGUCAAUCACAAAAUAUACACUGUAACUGUGAUACAAAAUGUUACGUAAAGCUGUUUUUGUUGUUGUAUACUGUAAUGUAAAAUGUAUGAAGUGCUGAUAAUGUAUUUUACUCAUUCUUAGAGAAUAUUAGAGGUGUUUGGUUAUUAUAGAGGACGUUUACUGCUGUUGUCCCACAAAAAAAAAUCCAAUACAUCGCACUAAUUCAAAUGUCUGUCAAAAUGGCUUCUAUAUACAGGUUAAAAAAAAUCAAUCCAAAUUUGAGCUUUUGGUUGUUGUUUUGCACUAAAUCGAGACGAAUCAGCCAAAUAAUACAUUUAUUGUUUGGUGACGAGCAAAAGUAGUCUGUGAGUUAUGAUGAAUGGCUGAUUGUCUCACUAUACUGUAUGUCAACUUGCAAAUCGCAUGCUGCUAUACUGUUAAAAAAAAAAAGGCUGCUAGUAAUGAUUUUCUGAAGAUCUAGGUACAUUGUAGCUCUAGAAUCUUCUAUGCAAUUUCUAUUUGUGUUGUCUUCAUAAAUUGUGUCUAUUGUACCAAAAAAUGUGGUAUUACUUAAAUGUCUGUAAAAAAAAAAAAUCAUUUUAUAAAAAAUCAUUAGACAUUUAGUUCAUACUGUACUGUAUUCCAUAUACUGGGAAAAAGCAACUGACCAAGAUUUUAAAGGGAUACCGUUUAGCUUAUUGAAUGUUAAGUGUGAUCAAAAUUGUGUAUUUGUAAAUACAAAUUUCUUUAUUUAAAAUAUAUCAAUUAAGUUAUUUAUUUUUGUAUGAUAGCUAUAACUUAAUGUUACAAAGUGUAAAUGUAAGUUUGAAACGUAAGUAUAUAACCCUUAUCAACCAGAGGUGAUCACUGUGUUUAUUACUGUCAAAGUACUGUAUUGUUUUAUGAAGUACUGUUGAAGAUUAAAAGAAACCAAAACCAAA